CAAGCAGCAAAUAUUUGCUGUUCUCUAGAGUGUCGAGAGGAUACAUCUUCUUUCAAUGAACAGUGCCUGUCUUUAAUCUGUUCUUUUUGUAGUUUAAAAAAUUAUUCUGUUUUCUUUUUAUAGCCUGUCAAAAAAGAUAAUAGUGAUGUACAAAGAGAGUCAGUUUACCAUCAUAUUGAACUCCACACGUGUUCGUCCUGUAAAGUUUUAUCUCAGUGGGUUUUACAAUAUCCCUCAUGUUAAGUAUUAUUACAUCUUUCUGUGCUUUGUGUACAUCAUGACUGUCCUUGGCAAUGGUUUUCUGCUUUCUGUUAUCUACCUGGUGAAGACUCUCCACACUCCCAGAUACAUUAUAGUGUUCAACUUGGCUCUGACAGAUCUGUGUGGGAGCACUGCUCUCAUCCCAAAACUAUUGGACACAUUUUUGUUUGAGAGGAGAUACAUUGUUUAUGAGGCAUGCCUAAGUUACAUGUUCUUUGUUUUAUUCUUUGGAAGUAUGCAGUCAUGGACGCUUGUCACAAUGGCAUAUGACAGAUUAAUUGCAAUUUGUUUUCCAUUAAGAUACAAUGUUAUUGUCACAAAGAAAUCAAUAGUCACGAUUCUGCUGUGUUCAUGGAUAUCUAUGUUGAUGGUAAUUGCAGUCUUGGUUGGUCUUCUUGAGCGCCUGUCCUUCUGUGGAUCUAUAGUAAUACAAAGUUUUUUCUGUGAUCAUGGACCAACAUUUCGUCUAGCCUGUAAUGACACUUUUCUAAAUACUGUAAUGGCAAAUGUUACUUUUACUUUGGUCAUCUGCAUUCCUCUUGUACUGAUAGGUGCCACCUAUGUUUGCAUUUCUAUAGCGCUGAGCAGGACUGCAUCCAGAGAAGAACGACUUAAAGCAAUGCGAACUUGUACUUCUCAUCUGAUUCUGGUGGCACUAUCUGUCAUACCAUAUCUGGGCACAAAUAUAAUUGUAAAAAUUACUAAUAUUAAUCCUAAUGUGAGAAUCCUCAAUUCAAGCUUGUCACACAUUUGUCCCACUCUGCUUAAUCCCAUUAUAUACUCUUUAAAGACAGAGGAAGUGAUAAAUGCGGUUAAGAGGCUAUUAAAAAAAAAAAGAGGCAUGAUAUCAAAUUGA